AUGACUGUACUCAUCCAUCUCGAUCCGUCUAAUACAGACGAAGUGAACCUAUCAUCAUCUGUUCCUGGCUCAUCUAGAUCGACUUUCGGCACCCUUUCCCCACAUCCAACCAGCGUCAUGCAGCAGGUCGUACAGAAGAUGAGGAAUUCCAAACGAAUCGUCGUCAUAUGUGGUGCCGGAGUAUCUACAGCAGCUUCUAUUCCCGACUUUAGAUCAUCUUCAGGUCUAUUCCAUCGCAGCAAAGGCAAGAACACGCAGCAUACGCUCAAAGAUCUGUUCCACGUCAAGUGUCUCUCAGCGAGUUCUGAAUCUCUCUUACCGCACCAUCACGCACUCAUGACUGAACUCGCAUCAUUGAGCCUAUCGACUCAACCGACUGGCUUCCAUCGAUAUCUCAAGGCUCUCGAUGACGAAGGUCGACUCCUUCGCGUCUACACGCAGAACAUUGAUCUUCUCGAAGCCAAGGCCGGACUGGAACUGGGAAUUCCGGAACUUCCCAGAUCUUCCCCCCGGAAAGCGAGGGUGAAGCCAAACCUGACCCCGGCUUCUCCGCCAAUUUCUCCAUCUCGGCCGCCAUCCACCACCCCCGAGGAAGAUUCACCGUCCUUCACUCAACAUGCAUCGGUCUCCCGCCCAUAUCGCGCCAUCCCUCUACAUGGCACGCUCUCUUCACUCCAUUGUCCAGUCUGCUCUACCUCCGUGCCACUGUACGACUAUCUUCCUCUACCCACCGGGCCGAUCCCCUGUCCAGCGUGUGAAGACGCCUCGAGUAUCCGCACAGCCCUCGCUGAAAGGCCUCGCAAAUCCGGUUCCCUCCGACCAUCUGUCGUUUUGUAUGGAGAAGAACAUCCAGAAGGUGAAAAGAUCGGUCAGGUCGUGGAGAGAGAUCUGAAAGGGACGGGAUCCAAAGUUGCGAGAGAAGGACGGGUAGAUUUCCUGCUCGUGUGUGGAACUUCUCUGUCCAUCCUGGGAGUCAAGCGGAUAGUCAAGGAGAUGGCGAAGAGUCUACAAUCUCGACCCGGUACAGAGAUUAAGACCGUCUUUGUGAAUGACGAGCCUCCGAAACCUACCGCCGCCGAAUGGGAAGACGUAUUCGAUGUCUUCGUCCGAGGGGAUGUACAGGAUUUCGUGACAAAGUACGUCGCCAAUCUAGCAUAUGUCAUCGAUCCGGUCACGCCGAAGAAGCGCAAAACUGCGCCCGCCACCCCGAAAUCUCUGUCCAGUGCCAAAUCAAAGAAGAGCAAAUCAGCUCAGGACAGCUCUAGCGACUUUACGACGCCGGUCAAGAAACUGCCUUCUGAAUGGUUACCGACGCCUAGGCUGACCCCACCUAAGGCUUCAGAGCACCGAACAUCGUUCGAGGGAUUCUUGACAUCGCUUUCGGAGGAUGGCAGUGAAGUGGAGACUGAUAACCCCUUCUUGGACAUUCGGCAACACCUCCGCGUUUGA